UCCCUCACUCAGCCCCAUAUAUCUCCCAAACACCAAUUCCCAAUGGAUACAUUUCAAGAACAAUACCUAUCUUUCAUCCAAGUGCCUGACCAAACCGUUCCAUUAUCCGCCCCGGACUGGCCCAAAACCCACCAUCCCCAGGCGAUAUCUUGGUUCAGGCACCUUCGCUGGACAAUCACUAGCAUGACUACCAAAUCCAUCCAAGCCAUCGAAGCAGCUCUACACCUCUACGAAAAGACCUCUCACGAACACUCUCUGCGCUACACCAAGCUCCGCGAAUCCAUUCCGAAGUUUCUCGAAUGGUGGGAUAACUUCAUCCCCGUGACACAGCUAUCGCGAUUCUUUCUUCUUGCCGUGGCCGAGUUCAUGAUGAGUCUGGGGGACUUGGUCAAUGUGGGAGAAAUGUAUUUCACAAAGGGGGAUGUGGACUUGGACUCUGCUUUUGUGAGAGAGAUGCUGGAGGUUAGGAAGAGUGCGCGGACAGUGAUUUUUGAAGGGUUUAUCAUUGGGCGGUUGGUGCAGGAGGCUGUUUUUAGACUUGAGGAUUUGGGGGAGGGGUAUACUGCGGAUCAGAUGUUUGUGGGUUUGCCAGGGGGUUUUCCUUUUCCUGGGGAGAAGUUUUGAGUUGGGUUGUUAUGCUGGUGGUAAUGAAGAAACGUCAAGCCUUCGUUCUGGUGGCCUUGUGGCCUUACACAGACAUGUCAUUAUGCAAAUACCGC